GUUAGGAAAAGCUGUUAGUUUUUGCUCGGAGUUCUGUAAGCAUUGAUUCAGUUAGUCAGUGUCGAUUUUGCUUCAUUCGGAUAGUGUUAGAGAGACAAAUCUGCUUUGGGAAUUAUGGGCUUUUAUUGCCCACUUGGGACAUUAAUUUGGACAUCCUCAGAUGUUGUGACCAGAUAGAAUCUGAUUUCAUUGCGUUUUUUUUCUGUCAGGUGGAAAGGUAUUCUAACCACGUUGGCGCAGAAGUAGACAAGAUUGUCUGAUGGAUAUGACCGUGGUCUGGAACUCGGGUUUGCCCGCUUUCUGGGUGACAUUCAGCUGCCUCUCAUGCCUGAGGCUGGCACUGCCACUCUAUGCAGAGCUCAAUUCCUCCCCAAAAGCACCUGCCACGGUUAAAGUCCCUCCACAUAUAAUCUUUGUGAUGGUGGACGAUCAGGGCUACAGUGAUGUGGGCUACCAUGGCUCGGAUAUCCACACGCCGGUACUGGACCAGCUGGCAGCUGAAGGGGUGAAGCUGGAGAACUACUACGUCCAGCCAAUCUGCUCACCCUCUCGUAGCCAGCUCAUGACCGGAAGGUAUCAAAUUCACACGGGCCUUCAGCACUCCAUCAUCCGCUCACGUCAGCCCGUGUGUCUGCCCCUCGACAUGCCCACACUGCCUGAGAGGCUGCGUCAGGCUGGCUACAGCACCCACAUGGUAGGAAAGUGGCACCUGGGCUUCUGCCGGCCUGAAUGUCUGCCCACUAGCCGAGGCUUUCAGAGCUUUCUGGGUUCACUGACUGGUAGUGGAGACCAUUUUAAUUUCCAGAGCUGUGACGGAGCAGAGACCUGUGGCUUUGACCUGCACGAUGGAGAACGACCUGCCUGGGAGUUGAGUGGGAACUACUCCACAUGGCUGUAUGCACAAAGGGUGAAAAAAAUCUUGAGGACACAUGACCGACGAAAGCCUCUGUUCCUGUAUGUGGCACUUCAGGCAGUUCACACUCCCUUACAGGCUCCUGCUCAUCUCCUCCAGCGUUAUGCUUCUCUUGGGAAUUCACCACGGCGCCAUUAUGCCGCCAUGCUGAGUGGUGUGGAUGAGGCUGUGGGUGAGAUUGUGGCAGAGAUGCGUAAUCGAGGCUACUACCACAACUCCGUACUCAUCUACUCUUCAGAUAAUGGAGGCCAGCCUCUGUCAGGCGGCUGCAACUGGCCCCUACGUGGAGGAAAAGGUUCCUACUGGGAAGGAGGAGUGCGAGCAGUGGGCUUUGUUCACAGCCCUCUGCUGAAGAUGAAGAGUAAGAUCAGUCGUGCAUUAAUACAUGUCUCAGAUUGGUACCCAUCAUUGCUGUAUCUGGCAGGAUCUCCUGAGCCAGAUCCUCAACGCUUAGAUGGGUGUAAUGUGUGGGGGGCCAUCAGUCAGGGUCUACCUUGCCCUCGUACUGAAAUCCUGUUUAACAUCGACCCCGUUUCACGGAGGCAUGGAGAUAACGCUAGCAGGCUGUUGUUAGAAAACGGCUUUGGGAUCUGGGACACUGGAGUGCGUGCAGCAAUCCGAGUGGGUGACUGGAAGCUCCUGACAGGCAAUGUGGGAAAUGGAGACUGGUUCCCCCCACAGAUCCUGCCUGGAGCCCCACAGCAGUGGCAGGACAUGGAGAAGAGACAGGAUCAGCGUGGGAAGUCUGUGUGGCUCUUCAACAUCAGCGCUGACCCGUUUGAGAGGCGCGAUCUGACACAAGCUAGGCCUGAGGUGGUCAAGCUUCUGCUCUCGAGGAUUGCAGAGUAUAACCGCACUGCCGUUCCUCCAAGAAACCCUCCAGAUGAUCCAAUGGCUGACCCCCAACUCCAUGGAGGAGUGUGGAUGCCAUGGCUAGCAAAGAAAGAAAGCGAGGGUGCUGACAGAAGAGAUGGGGCAAAUAAAAGCAAUUGGAAGCUUAGAUUCAAAACCUGCAAAGUGUGCAAACUGAGAGCUCUGUUUAGAAAGGUGGGAACACGUCUACAAAGAGCGGCAUUGUACUUUUAGGCAAAACUUUUCCAAGCUGGCACUUGGCUCUUGCUUGGCCACUUGUUUUUCCAGUCACUGAUGAAGUGUGUCUGUGUGUAUCUAGAUCACAUGGAUGUGUAAGAGUUUUUUCAUGGCUUGAUGCUUCAUCCUCCUGCUGCUAUACCUAGUCAGAUCUAACAUUAGAAAACCUGAAACUUGUACAGUUUAUAAAAGCUAGACAUGACAUGAGCAGGCUAUGAAAAUGUCUUUUUUUCUUUCGUGAUGAUGUGAUUGACUUAACCAACUUGGCUUCGGUUCAUUAUGUUAGUAGUUUGUACCGUUAAAGUGAUGAAGAAGCAAUCCUGCCCUGAGCUAAGACUUGGGUUGAAAUGCACAUUAAACCUCAUGGGUCCAAUACAAGCUUCUCAUCACACAAUAGAUUACUGGAGGCUCCAUCGUUGUUAUUUUUUUUUCUUCUGAAAAGCAAUUUUUCCAAUUAAAGUCUUGCUUUUUUAAUUAAUAACAGAGUGCUAUUAUUGUAGAAGAAUUUCCGCAGGAGAAAAAUAAACAGUUAGUGGAAUGUUUGGAGAGAGAAAGUCCAAAAACAUCAGAAUUCUUCUAAAGUUUUCUCUCCCACACUUUACAUGCCUCGGCACUCAGCACUCCUCCUCACGCCUCUCUAAUUCACCCUCCUUUUCUUUUGCUGUCUCUGACUGUAGGCUGAUAAAGCCUACCUUAGCAGGAAUAAUGUCGAACCUAUUGACUUUUUCUCCACUAACAUCACCUUUUUCUUUCGGUUAUGUGAGUAGAUUGGGUCAGAAAAAGAGAUAUGAGCUGUGCUCUGUUACACAACAGUGAAAGAAGAGGAGGAGGAUGGUGAAGAUCUGCAUGGCUGAGAUGCUGCAUGGCUACAUAUAAAACAGUUGAGCUUGUACUUCUCUUUAUAUG